AUGAACCAAAUCCAAUUACUGUUGAUCUCGACUGUUCUCGUCGUUCUUGGCACAGCGAAACCGCUAGUCCAGCCGUUUGUUGGCGAUUUUGACAGUGACAGGUCGUUAAAGCGACUGUUACUUGUCGAUUUGCGCGAUAUUGUGAAUAACGAGCCCGAAGUCGAGGUUACACCGUUGAAUGUUGACGAUAGUGCCGUAGAGAGGAUUCAGAAGAGGAGGCUGGUGAUGGGCAUGCCCAACAUACUGCAUAUGGGCAACAAACGCAUGGCGAAGAGAAUGUUAAGGGGUGCGCAGUUAGUGCACGAUCUGGCUAUGAACAAACGGCGGAUAAGUAAGUUUUGAGAAAGUGAUACUAAUGGUACUAAAAUUUAAAAAAUGGUACCAAUAGUAUUGAAUUUAAGAAAACAGGGCCAGUACGGUUCUAAUUUGUAAAAAUUGUACAAAACAUAUUUAAAUUGAAAAAGUGGUACUAAUAGCACCAAAAUUUUUUAAAAUUGGUUUUAACGGUACUAAUUAGCCUAUUUUUCUUAAUAGUACUAAUUAGUAGCAUUUUUACAUCAAAUUUAACUUUUAAUCUACUACAAAAUUACAAAUUUUUUCAAAAAUCAUUUUCAAAAUCUCCUACUACAAUAUUCAACAACAUCCUCAUGUUGCACAUGACCGUAUAACUUGUUGUCCCAUAAGUUUCUCACCCUCUUCGCGGUGAUAUCACGGUGCCAAUCUCGCUUUUAUAUGAAUAUUAAUUUUUGCUGAAUGUGACGAUUAAUAUUCAUAUACGACACUGAAACUUAAAAAAAAAGUUUAUGAAUAGACCUGGUUUCUUGGAAGCGGCGCAUGCUAAACGUACGAGUUUUCACGUGAAGAAAAGAGGGGUUUGCACUAGUUUAGACUUGACUAUUUGUAAAUGUAAAAAGUUGUGACAAUUUGCAAAAACCAAUAAUAUUUGUGACACUUCGUCAAAAACCAAUAAUAUUUGUGGCACUUCGUCAAAAACCAAUAAUAUUUGUGGCACUUCGUCAAAAGCAAUACUUUUUGUAAGGUUUUGUCAAUUUCAAUACUUUUUGUAACACUUCGUCAAAAACCAAUAAUAUUUGUGACACUUCGUCAUAUCAAAAAAUAAUUAAGGAUUUUUAACAAAAAUUAAUUUUUUGCUUUUUCAGGUAUGCACAUGCCAAACCUGGUGUACAUGCGGCCCCAGAAGUAA